AUGUUACUUGAAUCAUUACUUCCUAACUAUUCGUGGGAUGCAAAGCUAGCGAUAGCGGUUGCUGCUUUUGCAAUGAAUUAUGGUGAACUUUCUCUACUUGUUCAGCUUUACACCUCAAAUCCUGUUGCUAAGAAUAUUGCUCUUAUGAAGCAACUGCAAUGCAUCACGGAAAAUAUCAGCUUUAAAAAACAUCUAUUCGGAAAGAUUACUGAGCUUAUCGAGGGAAUAAUAGAUGUAAUGAAAUGUGUUGUCCAGUUUAAUGAACUAUCCCCUGACAUUUUUGCAAAACCAUCAGUAUCAACUGCCAAGAUUGCUAUUGCCAGAGCUGUCUAUUGGACAAUUUAUAGUGUUGUGACCUGCGGCUCCCAUAUUGCUGCCCUUGUUGGGUUGACACCGGAGAUGACCAUAGCAACAAUGGGACGGGAACUGUCAGAGUUGGCUGGUAAAAUCAGGAGUAUGCACACCCUCCUGCAACAGCAAUUAAAUCAUUGUAAAGAAGAACUUGACGCUUACACCUGGCUCGAAAUCAUCUUCAAGAGGCCCCGCCGCCGUGACAAUUUGGAGAUCCUCGAGGCCUUAUUUUUUCAUGUUGAAGGUGAUAAGCAAAUUCCACCCCUUGUAGUUGGCAACACAAAGGCAGAGGUUGAAAGUACAAAAUUGAAGGACAUGAACCUGUUACUGGUCAUAUCUGGCUCUGAUGAAAGGGCAGAAGAGAUUAGGGCUCUUGCUAAAUUGUUCGAAGACCUGCAAAAGAAGGGAAAGUUUCAAUAUCAAGUGCUGUGGCUUCCAGUGGUUGACAAGUUAAAUGAACAAAAAUUUUCUUUGCUGCAAUCUCUGAUGCCUUGGUACACUGUCCAGCAACCUUCAAUUAUUAAACCAGGGGCGCUUAGAUACUUCAGGGAGGUAUGGCAGUUCAAAAAUCAGACGAUUCUGGUGCGACUAGAUUCAUCUGGAAGUGUGCCAUCCCCUUUUCCACUUGACUACCUGUGGCUGUGGGGAGAAUUGCCCGGAACUAGUGAACCACCGAGUUUGGAUGACAUAACCCUAGAUAUAAUUAUUCAUGACCUUUAUACCGUUGAUUCGGCCAAACCAAAAUCAAUCAUAUGCUUUUGGGGAGGAGAAGACAUCAAGUGGAUUAAAGAAUUGACCAAGGCCAUAAAUGGUGUUAAACAGUUCAUAGAUUUCGUUUAUGUGAGCAAUAGCAGUAUCAUUGAUCAGACCAACAAAGACGAUGACGGUUUCAUUGCUGGGAUUGGUCGCUACUGGGAAGAAUCAGAGAGUUGGCGAUUUUGGAUCAGAUUGAGGUGCAUCUUCUCUACUGUAAUAAUACAGGAGAGGAAAGUUGAUAUCAUGAAAGAUGUCAUGACUUUGCUUAGCUUCCAUGGCAACUAUAGAGGAUGGGCUGUGUUUGGUCCGUUAAGAUCAACUCAGAAAAUCGCUGCAGCCCCUUGA